UAAUUGAGAGAAAAGAGAGUUAUAUGCAUUAGGGAUACUGGGAUAAGGACGAAACGAGCAAUAUUCGAACGUAGCAGAGAAAAGAAGCAUUUUGUUGCAGAAAAUCAAUCGAGCAUUCUCUUUUUUCACACGACUCUGCUCACUGAUGUUUUAGGUGCUGCCUCUUCUAAGUUACCAGCUUCCUUCCUAAGGUUGUGACUUACGAGCAGGGAUCUCAAAAUGGACAUUGAAGCAGGUAAGGACCCUCCAAUGAGAGUCUCAAGGGAGGAAGUGGAUGAUGAUGGGAGAGUCAGAAGAACUGGGAACGUGUUGACGGCUACGACACACAUAAUAACGGUGGUGGUAGGAGCAGGAGUGUUGGCUCUUGCAUGGGCCAUGUCUCAGCUUGGAUGGAUAGCUGGCAUCGCCGUCAUGCUCGUCUUUGCAUGCAUUUCCAUUUACACUUACAAUCUUAUAGCUGACUGCUAUAGAUAUCCAGACCCAGUUAGUGGCAAGAGGAACUACACUUACAUGCAGGCUGUGGAUGCAUACCUAGGUGGAAAAAUGCACGUGUUUUGCGGAUUGGUCCUAUAUGGGAAGCUCGCAGGGGUUACGGUGGGGUACACUAUAACUAGUUCUACAAGCUUGGUGGCUAUUAAGAAAGCAAUUUGCUUCCACAAUAGGGGCCAUGCAGCUUACUGCAAGUUUUCAAAUAACCCCUAUAUGGUAGGUUUUGGCAUCGUGCAAAUUUUGUUGUCUCAAAUCCCAAAUUUCCACAAGUUAACGUGGCUUUCAACCCUUGCUGCCGCUACCUCUUUCGGUUAUGCAUUCAUUGGAAGUGGGCUUUCUCUGGCAGUCGUGGUCUCAGGUAAAGGAAGAUCAACCAGUAUAUUUGGAAACAAAGUAGGACCAGAACUAUCUGAAGAAGAAAAAGUUUGGAGGGUGUUCAGUGCUUUGGGAAACAUUGCGCUUGCUUCCUCUUUUGCCACUGUUAUUUAUGAUAUAAUGGACACAUUGAAGUCAUAUCCACCAGAAAACAAACAGAUGAAAAAGGCCAAUGUGUUAGGCAUCUCAGCAAUGACAAUACUCUUCCUCCUAUGUGGUAGCCUUGGUUAUGCUGCUUUUGGUGAUCACACGCCGGGAAACAUCCUCACUGGCUUUGGAUUUUACGAACCCUUCUGGUUGGUCGCUAUUGGAAAUGUGUGCAUUAUAAUCCACAUGCUCGGAGCAUAUCAGGUGAUGGCUCAACCACUAUUUCGUAUAAUUGAGAUGGGUGCUAACAUAGCGUGGCCGCGUUCAGAUUUCAUUAACAAGGAAUACCCGAUCAAAAUUUGCUCCUUAAGAUUCAAUAUAAGUUUCUUCAGGCUAAUUUGGAGGACAAUAUACGUGAUAGUGGCCACAAUUGUUGCCAUGGCAAUUCCAUUUUUCAAUGAGUUUCUUGCCCUGCUUGGAGCAAUUGGGUUUUGGCCUCUCAUCGUCUUUUUCCCUAUACAAAUGCACAUUGCACAGAGACAAAUAAGAAGACUAUCAUUGAAGUGGUGUGCGCUCCAUGUGUUGAGCUUCGCGUGCUUCCUAGUCUCAGUAAGUGCAGCAGUUGGUUCAGUUCAUGGAAUUAGCAAGAAUGUCAAAAAAUAUAGACUUUUCAGGUAUAAACAAUAGCCAGGUCACAUUUGGUUGUAAUUGCACAUUCUCAUGUCUCACAUUUGAGAUGUGUGAAUAUAUAUCUAUAUAGUUGGGCAGAAAAUGAAGCGGGACUAAUGAAAAUUAUCGUAAUGUAAAAGGAUAAGUGAACAACAUUAUUCCCUGUAAUAUGUUGUAGUAUUGUGUUUGUUUUCAAAAAUAGAUAGAAUCUGUAACAAUUAAACAGUUUGAUAAUGGGUCGGAAACUACUCAUAUAAAGAUUUGCUUUUGGCUCCCAUAACGCACAGUAAAUAAAUUAUUUUGUGCUUUGUUUGUU